CCCGCCCGGGUGCGCGCAGCUGUCUGAGCCCGCCAAGCUCCACGGUGAAAAAAAAAAAAAAGGGAGGGUAUAAAGGCAACACAGUAAGAGACACUUCCUCAAAUUUGCAUCGCGAUGGAAACCUUUUGCCUCAAGGUGGCGUUUUGGGUAGCGCUGGUUGGAUGUGUAAUCAGUGAUCAUCCUGAGAGCUACAACACAAACGUAAGCACUCCAGUGGAUGACUUCACCGUUUUUCAUGGGACGGAACUCAACUUCCUGGUUACCACUCAUCGACCCACUAAUUUAGCCCUACCUAGCAAUGGUUCAAUGCACAAGUAUUGCCCGCAGCAGACUAAGAUUACUUCAGCUUUCAAAUACAUUAACACUGUGAUAUCUUGUACUAUUUUCAUCGUGGGAAUGGUGGGGAAUGCAACUCUGCUCAGGAUCAUUUACCAGAACAAGUGUAUGAGGAAUGGCCCCAACGCGCUGAUAGCCAGCCUUGCCCUUGGAGACCUUAUCUAUGUGGUCAUUGAUCUCCCUAUCAAUGUGUUUAAGCUUCUGGCCGGACGCUGGCCUUUUGAUCACAAUGACUUUGGCGUAUUUCUUUGCAAGCUGUUCCCCUUUUUGCAAAAGUCCUCAGUGGGGAUCACCGUCCUCAAUCUCUGCGCUCUCAGUGUUGACAGGUACAGAGCAGUUGCCUCCUGGAGUCGAGUCCAGGGAAUUGGGAUUCCCUUGAUCACUGCCAUUGAGAUAGUCUCCAUCUGGAUCCUUUCUUUUAUCCUGGCCAUCCCUGAAGCUAUCGGCUUCGUCAUGGUGCCCUUUGAAUACAAGGGUGAACAGCACAAAACCUGUAUGCUCAAUGCCACGUCAAAAUUCAUGGAGUUUUACCAAGAUGUAAAGGACUGGUGGCUCUUCGGGUUCUAUUUCUGCAUGCCCUUGGUGUGCACUGCGAUCUUCUACACCCUUAUGACCUGUGAGAUGUUAAACAGAAGGAACGGCAGCUUGAGAAUUGCCCUCAGUGAGCACCUUAAACAGCGUCGAGAAGUGGCAAAAACAGUUUUCUGCUUGGUUGUCAUUUUUGCUCUUUGCUGGUUCCCUCUUCACUUGAGCCGUAUUUUGAAGAAAACCGUGUACAAUGAGAUGGACAAGAACCGAUGUGAAUUACUUAGUUUCUUGCUGCUCAUGGAUUACAUCGGCAUUAACUUGGCAACCAUGAAUUCCUGUAUAAACCCCAUAGCUCUAUACUUUGUGAGCAAGAAAUUUAAGAAUUGUUUCCAGUCUUGCCUCUGCUGUUGCUGUUACCAGUCCAAAAGUCUGAUGACCUCAGUCCCCAUGAAUGGAACAAGCAUACAAUGGAAGAACCAUGAACAAAACAACCACAACACAGAGAGGAGCAGCCAUAAGGACAGUAUUAACUAAACAUCUUAAGAGAUAUUAAUCAAUAAUCCUUCAAAUUCUAUUGGAGAAAAAAAAAAUCACACAGCAACUGUGUUUCCAGAAAUCUUUUCUCCAAUCCUUCUCCCGUGACUCAGCCCCAAACCCAGAAAAAUGCUUUCCAAAACAUCGGAGGGUAGACUGGUUUUGGUAACAAAUUCAAUGAAUCUUAAUUCUUUAAUUUAUCUAAUUUACAUAUUCUGCAUGUUAUAUUCCGCACCAAAAAAUGGUGGGAGUUGGCAGGGGGAAAGGAGACUGUUCGACUAAAUCAGAGGGAUAUUUACUACUUUUGCAUGAAAAUAGAGUCUUUGAGUACAUAACAGCUUCCCUGGCAGUUCUGUGGAAUGUCCAGUGAGAACUGGUUACCAUGAAAAUUUAGCGAAUAUGACAAGAUUUUCUAUUUUUUUGAAUUGGCCAGACACAGUAAGGUGAGCAAUCAGGUUAAUGUUUUUCAUGUCACUUUUUUAUUUUUAAAACAUCAAUUCUUAAGCUGCAGCAGAUAUAGGCACUUAAAGCCCAGACUGAUAUCCACAUGUGGCAGUGUAAUAGCUGCUAUUCAAAGAAUUUUUAAGAACCUAUAUUUUCUUUUGUAAUGGUGUUUCAUUACAGGAGAUCUGGAGCAUAUUUUUAUGUUAAAUUUUAAAAUAAUGCUUGAAUCAAAUAGUUCUAUUUUUCACAAGCCCAAUCUUUUUUACUGUAGAUAAAUUUAUGUAAAAUCAGUAUCAUGUACCAAAAUUUAAAUGUGUGUAUCAUUCAACCAUACCUAAGACUUUCAGUGGAAUGUAUUGAUGUCUAAAGCACAACUAGUAGAAAGAAACUGAAUGUUUUUAGAAGACUUGGAAAUUUUCAUUGAGGGGUUGUUUUUUUUGGUAAUAGUAACAUGUAUUUGGUAAUUGGUAAUUGCUAUACACAUACAUAUAUGUUUUACAUAUCACCUCAUAGUCUCUUGAUUUCUCUAAAAAUGUUAACUGUCGAUAACACUUUUUUGGUCAUUCCCUUUUCCAUAUAAGAAACCAUUUCAAAGUGGCCAGCUGAGUUUAUCAUGUCGGUGAAAUAUAAUUACCCCCAUAUGCCACCAUGAACUUACAGUUCUUCACUUCUCUGGGUUUCCAGUAUGAAUCUAAUCACCUCCCCCACCCCUACUUCUCACAUGGUCACCAUUUCAAAGGGCCCACAGUGACUUUUGCUGGGCAUGUUCCAAGAUGUUUACAGACUGUGAGUACAGCAGAAAAUCUUUUACUGUGUGUAUAUAAAUAUAUAUAAACAACUGUACAUUUCUUUUAGCCAAUUU